AUGGCCAUGAUCGGGAGCGCAUCUCUUCCCAGUCGUGGCAACACCAUGUCCGGUUCCUCCACCGAUGAUAAUCCGCCUGCGCGGCCACGCCAUAGGCAUUCCCGAGGAGGGGGAGGAGGAGGGGGAGGAGGAGGGGGAGGAGGAGGGGGAGGAGGAGGAGGAGGGGGAGGAGGAGGAGGAGGAGGAGGAGGCGGCGGUGGUGAGUCUGAAGGUUCGGAAGAUGAAGUUACGGAGAGGGGCAGCGAGGUUUGCCAAAUUGGCGAUGAUAUGUGCACCGUGCCUUCACAGCUAUUCGAUCUUCCAAGCUUGAAGGGCAUUCUUUCGCUGAAUACAUGGAAUUAUUGCUUAACAGAAGAAGAGAGGGAGUCUCUUGCAUUGCAUCUCCCUCCUAUCGAAGAUGAAGAGGUUUUCAAAGAUACCGUUCGAGACUUGCUGAGAGGAGAGAUCUUUCACUUCACUAGUCCAAUGAAUGAUCUUUUCGAAAGGUUAAAAGGAGGCUCAUGUCAUCCGCGUGUAUCACGAUACCGAGAAGGUCUAAAAUACUUGCAACGGAAGGAGCAUUAUCAUUUGUUGCGGCACUAUCACAAUCAUAUGGUCUGUCUCUUCGUCGAAAUGCAAAAGCAAUGGGAGAAUUGUCCUGAUGCGGAUAUUGAUGAGAGGUUAGGAGUUUGGGACAGGUUUCAGACUCAACCGCUUCCUUUGUCCAAACCUAAACGCGUGGUUCGUAAACCUGGGACUAUUAGAAGGGUAAAGGCCAGCAUCGAGGCUGGUCCUCAGAGAAUAAUACCAGAGGUGGGUCUGAAGAUGAAGGCCGUUGAGCAACCCAAAAAAGGGAAAUUUCUGAUGAAGGGCAGGAGUGAGGUUGGUGCUCUAGCACCCUCAAAGAAAAGGUCGGGUUUUGUGGAGCCAGCAGCUGGGUCAAAGGGAGUUCUUAAAAUUAAAUCAUUAACGAAGGAUCGUUCAGAGGGUCCCUCAAAAAGAGUGGUGGAUAUUGAGAAGAUAGAAAGAGCGGAGCAGCAGGAGGAACCUGUGCGGAUCCCUAAGCCUAGACCAAAGGGGGUGUUGAAACUGAUGCCGAAGGGCAGGAGCAUAUUGAAAAAAACUGCCUCUCUUGCUGUAAAAGGGAAAGCCCCAGUUACAGAGAUAAAGAGGGAAGAAGUGAAUGAAUUGGUAGAGGAUGAGUACGAGGAGGAGCCUUUUUUACCUUUUGAACAAGAGGUAAUUACCUCUCCUCUGGAACUCUAUAUCCCGCUUCAUGAAACUUUUGUUGAGAAGAAAACGAAGCAGAAGAUUCCAGGUGGAAAGAAACGCAAAAUGGCAGAUAUUGGAAGUGGGACAACAGAGGGCGAAAAGGUCGUGAGGAGGAAAAAGAAGAAAAACCAGAUCCAGGAGGUGGAAAAGCAACAUGUGCCUUCAGAAAUGCCCGAAACACAUGUGGACGAACUAUCUCCUUUUGAGGACACGAAACUACUUGUAGAGAAAGCAAAGAGACGGAGAGAACCAAAGAUGAAGGUUCAUCGGAAGAAGAAGAUAGAUGAGAUUACGAAAGAGCCAGAAGUGAUUGUUGUAGAGGAGAACCGGGCUGUAGAAGACGACUUUCGGCCGAGCGAUGAAAUCGACGAGAAGCAUUUCGAUCUCCAUGUCGAUGAAGAUCAAGUUGAUCAGUCCAAGGAAGAGGUAGGAAUAAAGCCGAAAAAGAGAACCAAGAAGAAGCCUAAGGCGGAGGUGUUGAUGACUUCACCUGGGGGGUCGUCCCCUCAUGCUGGUUCGCCUCCUGAGAAGACUCCUUUAAGUGCAACCAAAACAUCAAAGAAACCCGCACCAAUAGCCCCCCCAACACUUGCUUCCACAUUUCCCUUCUCGGUUAUGCACCUUUUGUCAGCUGUACGAACGGCGUUGAUCACCAACUCUGUAGAUGGAGAGCCUGAAUAUCACGGCCAACUUGAGAGGACACCCUAUGCCCGUGAAAGAUUAGAUUUCGAUCUUCCAUUUACUGAGGGAAGUCUUUUAGGUCAUAUUGUUCAAAUAACCGGAGCUUCAGGUUUAGAGAGGGCUGAAAGUAAGGAGGGAGACGGGGAGCUAACACUUCACUUAUUUCGUGGGGUUCCAUUUAACGAGCUCGUGAGAAGAGUGCGUGAGAACCCUGGCGAUCAUCGAAUUUUGGAGACAAUGGAACCUUUACAGGAUCUUGUGCGGGGAGCUCUUAAAAUAAUGGGAAGCAAAGUGGCACCAGCUGGUACGAAAGGAUGGAAGCCUUUGAUUUCUUUCAACAAAGAAAUGAGAACAUGGUCAUGGAUUGGUCCACCUCCCGUUCCUGUAGCUUCAACUUCUUCUCAGGAUGCGUUAGAGGUGCAGGUAACUGCAGAAGCGUGGGGUAUUUCACAGAAAUCGUUGCUGAAAUUGGAGGACAUGUUUGCAAGUUGGCUAAAGCACGGCCAGGAAACACUACAGCAGAUCGAUCAACUUCCACUUCCACCUCCUCCACUCAUGCCUGUUCCUGUUGACGAGAAGGAGCGAUUUCGAGACUUAAGAGCCCAGAAGAGUCUGAUGACGAUUGCGCCUAGUUCGGAGGACAUGCGAACUUAUUUUCGUCGACAGGAACUUCUUCGCUAUUCUUUACCUGAUCGAGCUUUUGCUUAUACGACAGCAGAUGGAGGGAAAUCCGUUGUUGCUCCGCUGAGAAGAGGAGGUGGUAAACCUACCUCUAAGGCAAGGGAUCACUUCAUGCUGAAGCCGGACAGACCUCCCCACGUGACGAUUUUGUGUUUAGUGAGAGAUGCGGCUGCUCGUUUACCUGGAAGUAUUGGCACUCGUGCAGACGUUUGUGCUCUAAUUCGAGACUCGCAGUUCAUCAUGGAGGAUGUGUCUGAUGCUCAGGUUAAUCAGGUUGUAAGUGGGGCACUUGACCGGCUGCAUUAUGAGCGUGACCCUUGUGUACGAUUUGAUGGCGAUCGUAAGCUGUGGGUUUAUCUUCAUACAGAACGAGAGGAGGAAGACUUCGAGGACGAUGGAACUUCUUCUACGAAGCGCUGGAAAAAGCCUAAGAAGGACAAUGUUGAAAAUUCUGAACACUGUGCAAAUGCUUACGAGACUGGUUCUCCGAGUGGUGCUGAAGAGCCGUCGGGGAUUGGGCUGGUGGACUUGCUCUCUCCCGAUGGCUUGGGGGUGUCUAUCGACAAUUCUGCAAUUUACUCAGCUGGGCGAACAGAGCUGGUAUAUAACAAGAGUAGUUCAUUGACCAGUCCGCGGGUGUUGAACAACGGGCUCUCAAGAGACGAUGGGGAUUUGCCGUUCAUUACCUUACUACCUGGUAUAGAUUCUGGUCAUCCAAUGGGGUGGGAGGGAAUAAAUACUCAAGCACCUUGGGACCGUGAUUCCCAUUUGCAAUCGCAAGAAAGCUUGGGAUCUGAAGAUGAGUACUAUAUGGGAGGUGCAGGCAUAGCUCAACGGCAUGCCGAAGCAAUGUUCAAUGUUGAUGCCGAAUGAGGUUUUAAUCUUCAUUGAGCAAUUUCUUUAUUGACGUUUCCACAGUUGCCUUGCUUUCAUGGAGGAGAAAACCACGAAGCCAUCUGAUUCCAAUGGAGCUUUUUUCUGCUGGCUGUGUUAAGCACAAUAGGAUUUCGGUCCUUAAGUGUAGAGCGUGUGCUUUUCACUUGAUAAGCAUAUCAAAUACGCUGAAUGAAUAUUUGGCUGUUUGCUUAUCACCUUAAAUGAGGUGUUGUGCAAUUUCUUUGCGUCUCUCUCUCUCUCUCUCUUUUUUUUUUUUUUUUUUUUUUUUUGAAAGUUCUCUGCUGUAUCUUAUGAAUGAAAGGAACAAGAUAGCCAAGAGGCUAAUUACAGCGUAGGGGAGUGCUUUUCUUAGGAUUAUUUUUUGUCUGCACAUUGCAGGCCGCUAGCUUCUCUGAGCUGGUAGUGUACAGGUUUGUACAUGUAAAACAAUGCUGGUUGCCGAGAGUACUUUUUAGUAACAGAAAACAAUAGGUCGACUAACAUUCAGGCAGCAAGGAUGUUGAUAAAAACAAGGACUUUGAUUGGCAAACCAGUGCCUCGCAGUAUCAGUCAAAACCACGAGGAUAACCCUUUUCUCAGCUGGCUUGGAUAAAUUUGGUCGUCUGCUGGCCAGUAUCUUGUUAAGCAUGCUUACCUCCGCUAAUUUAAAUGCCGCUGGGCAUUCUGGACCAUCUUCUGCAGCUGUAAUGGGCCAGCACGUCAGCACUAUGAUUGAGUGGGCUGAUGGGAUUUUUAUGUUUUAUCUGCGAAGUCAAAUUUUCAACCUGGCAGAUGAGAGGACAUCCGUGAAAGAUCUGUAAAUUCGAUACUGGAUUGUCGCCACAGCAUGUUAGGGAGCACAAUGACGAUGAACGGAUGUCACUGCAAAGAAGUGGCUAAAGCAUUGCAAACGGGUUGCUUCGUCAUCUUCAUCCUGCUGCUGAGAUCCAGGUUCUCCUUGAUCUUCAAGAGUACUUAAGUUUUGCGUUUCCAAGCCUAAGAAUAAGAGAAAGGUUAUUAGGUCUGUAAUCCCUGGACGUGGGUGCUUGGAGAGUGAACAUGUUCUGUGCUUAGUGUGCAUUUGUAUCUUUCUCCGACCCUCAGUUUUCAACACGGACUUGCUAUCGGCUGCAUUAUUGUCGAGUAUUUUUGACUUGACAAAUUAUGCUUACCAUGGUAUCCAGCUUUUGUGAUCGCUUUAAGUGUGAUGUGGAUUUGGUGCUUCAUUUUUUUUUGAUGGGUUGAGGAUUUCCGUAGUUCUAGGCAGUAAUCGUGCCUAGUUCAGAGCUGAUAAAAGCCCCACGUGCCCAGAUCUGUGGUCAUCGUGACACACUUGUGGCUCAUUUUACUUAUCGGCCUUUCUUCAACAUUCAAAAGUACACCUUGCUUGAAAAGGUGCAGCCGUGCUAUCCUCAACUUUCCUACAACAUGCUACCUGAGGAGCUAAUAUUGAAGUACUGGUUUGGUGGAAAUCAUACAUUAGAAAAUUUAUUUACUAUUUCGGAAAACUGUUUAGAUCAAACUUUAGUAACUAUCUCAAGUAGCGGCAUGGAAAAUAGAAAAAUCAGUAUUUCCCUUAAUUUAAGUAGGUUAUGGUAGUACAUUCUGUAUGAAACUUUUUGCUUGAAUGGAACAUAUUCAUGAUUGGGUA